GAAAACAUUCAAUGGAAACUUUGUAGAAUUUUCUUGAAGAGGUCGAACGUUUGAAAUAAGAAACCAACUUCGAAAAGGAUUAGCAAUAUUCAACAGUAUGUUGUCGACAUUCUUGGACAGUUUCAGCAUUUCUGAGGCUGCACUUCGGCUUAUUAUCUCCAUUGUACUUGGAUUACCCAUCGCCCUUCUUCACAGGUAUACGCUAUACGGAAAAAAUCCAGUCUCUCAGCAUUUAUUUUUCACGAGUUGCGGCCUUUUACUUUGCUACUGGAAUUAUGGGUUGAAUACACUUCACUCAGCAACGGCAGUAUGCAUCACUUAUCUUAUUCUGAAGUACCUCGGCGGUACCACUUUGUCGGUGCUUCUUACUUUCGUCUUCAACAUGGUCUACCUCCUAUAUGGAUAUUAUACAACAGGUACAAAUGAUUACGAUAUAAAGUGGACUAUGCCACAGUGCGUGUUAACGCUGCGAUUAAUUGGUCUCACGUUCAAUGUAUUGGAUGGAAAACAACCCGAAGGAAAAUUAUCGGCGUCACAGAAAGAAGUGGCCUUAACAAAGCGACCAACAUUCUUGGAAGUUGCGGCAUUUGUAUACUUUCCGGGAUCGUUUCUUGUAGGACCACAGUUUAGUAUGAAAAGGUACCUGGACUACGUACACGGACAUUUGAUGGUUGACAAUUUCAAAAAAGGCGAAUUACCAGAUUGUAUUCUUCCUGGGAUUUCUCGAUUAUUAGUCGGAUUUGUGUACGUGGGGCUCUUCCAACUAGGAACUCUGUACAUCUCGAAUGAGUAUGUCUUAAGUUUAGAAUUCCAGGAACAGUUCUUCCCAAAACGUCUUCUCAUAAUUGGCUUUUGGGGUCAUGUAAAUCUGUAUAAAUAUAUUGGUUGUUGGCUGCUUACAGAAGGGGUCUGCACAGUUUUUGGUAUAACGUAUAACGGAAAAGAUGAGAACGAUCGACCUCUUUGGACUGGUUGUGAAAAUGUUAAAUUGUUAACCUUUGAAACGGCGACACGAUUUAAUCAUUAUAUCAUGUCGUUUAAUAUAAACACCAAUACUUGGUGUGCCGAGUAUAUUUAUAAAAGACUGAAAUUCUUAGGAUCAAAAUUAUAUAGUCAAUUCUUUACGUUACUAUUCCUUGCAUUAUGGCAUGGAUUUCAUUCAGGAUAUUACGUAUGCUUUUUCCUCGAGUUUCUCAUCAUGUAUGCCGAGAGAGAUUUGACUCAGAUAUUGGAGAGACAGGAGAAAUUACAAAUUUUGCUGAAACGUCAUCCCGAACUUGAAUUUAUAUUUUCGAUAAUUACGUUGAUCUACACAUUUAUUUUUAUGGGCUACAGUGUCGUUUGUUUCCAUCUUCUGUCGUAUCCUCGUUACCAUCAAGUUUAUUUAUCCAUUUACUACUGCGGUCACGUAAUUUACUUAUGUUAUCCAAUUGUUUCAAUACUAAUGAGGAAUUAUCUACUUAAAAAGCGACCGAUAAAAGUUGAUUGA